AUCAUCACCACCACCAACAUCAUCAUCACCAACAACAACGUCACCGAUUACGUCACCCUUAACAGAAGCACGACCGCCAGAGCCUGCAAAUCAUAUCGGAAUCAUUGUCGGUGUGGUGGCUGCUGUCACCGCUGUCGUCAUCAUCAUCGCCGUCGUCGUCAUCGUUAGGAAAACUUCACUAAAAUGUCCCCUAGAUGAGAAACCUGGUUCUUCAAAAAUUCAGUCAAGCCGGCCGAUAACCAUAGCAAAGUUUGAUGACAUCUACAACCAGAUGCAGGCUAACAGUCAGCUGCUCUUUGCCGAGGAAUUUGAGUCGCUGAAGAACGUUGGUCGCAAUCAGAGCAAAGACGUUGCCGGGGAAGAGGUCAACGUCCUCAAAAAUAGAUACAGCAACAUUCGACCUUACGACAUCUCGCGAGUGAAGAUCAGCGCCUGUUCAGGUGACAAUUCCGACUACAUCAACGCCAGCUGGAUACCUGGCUAUUUCUCACGCCGUCAGUACAUAGCCACUCAGGGACCCCUGGACAGCACCCUAGACGACUUCUGGCGCAUGAUCUGGGAGUACAAUGUCAAGGCCAUUGUCAUGAUUACCAGACUGGUUGAGGAGGGCAAGAUAAAAUGUUGCCAAUAUUGGCCAAGCGACGAUGAAGUCGUGCUGUACGGCGACAUCGCUGUGAAAGUGGCCAGUGUCGUAACCACCGAACACUGGGUCGUCCGGGAGAUGAGUGUUUCAUUGGUCAGUUGUGGGCAGGAGUGCCGCCUGGUGAAACAUUGUUUCUACACCUCCUGGCCGGAUAUGAAAACCCCGGAGGAGAGCCAGUCCAUCAUCAACUACAUCCGAAUGGUCAGGGGCUGUUUCUCAGUGCGGGGAUCAAGCCCCCUCGUGGUUCACUGCAGUGCUGGCGUGGGCCGAACAGGCACGUUCAUAGGGUUGGACACGGCAUUGUACCAGCUGGAAGAAGAAGAGAUGGUUGAUAUUUACGGGGCCGUCUACAAGAUGAGACUCAACAGAGCCUUCAUGGUUCAAAACGAGAAACAAUACAUUUACAUCUAUCUCGUCGUAAAGGACAUGAUCCAAGCCUACUUGAGGAAAAAAGAACGAGGUUAA